AUGGCUUUGCUCCGGCUCCUUCUCCUCUUGCUCCUCGCCCAGCGGGGGCUCGGGGCUGCCGCCGGCCAAGGGCAGGCGGUGCGUGGCCGGGAGCGGGCUCUCAGAGGGAGGCAGCCUAUUUACAACCACAUCAAGAGCCGGGAGCCUCCGCCGGCCCCGCGGAGCCGCUCUACGGAGAGCACCAUCUUGGCGCAGCGGCUCGCCGAGGAGGUGCCCCAGGACGUGGCCUCGUUCCUCUACACGGGCGACUCCCGGGAGCUGCGGCGGGCCAACUGCUCCGGGCGGUACGAGCUGGCCAGCCUCGCUGGCAAGUCGCGCUUCGCCUCCCACCCCUCCCUGCACGGGGCCCUGGACACCCUCACCCACGCCACCAAUUUCCUCAACAUGAUCCUCCAGAGCAAUAAGUCGCGGGAGCAGAACUUGCAGGAGGACCUGGAGUGGUACCGCGCCUUGAUCAGGAGCCUCCUGGAGGGGGACCCCAACAUCUCCAGGGCAGCUAUCACUUUCAGCACGGAGCCUUUUUCCUCCACCCCCCAGGUUUUCCUCCAGGCCAGCAGGCACGAGAGCCAGGUCCUCCUGCAGGACUUGUCCUCCUCGGCUCACCGCCUGGCCAACGCCUCUGUGGAAACAGAGUGGUUCCACAGCUUGAAGCGCAAGUGGAGGCCACAUCUGCACAGGAAGGUCUUAAACACGGGCCCCAAAACUUUGGAGAACAGCUGGAAGAGGCGGGAGAGCUUCACUGCUGAUAAAAACCAUAUCAGGUGGUCCUCGCCUUACCUGGAGUGUGAGAAUGGGAAUUACAAACCCGGCUGGCUAGUGACUCUCUCAGCGGCUUUCUACGGGCUGCGGCCAAACCUCCUCCCCGAGUUCAGAGGUGUUGUCAAAGUCGACAUCAAUCUGCAGAAGGUGGACAUUGACCAGUGUUCGAGUGAGGGAUGGUUCUCGGGGACACACAGGUGUCAUCUCAACAAUUCUGAGUGCAUGCCAAUUAAAGGCCUUGGAUUUGUGCUCGGAGCCUACAAAUGUAUUUGCAAGGCUGGAUUCUAUCAUCCCAACAUCUUCUCAGUGAACAGCUUUCAGAGAAAGGAUGCAGAAAAUCGCUUUUCUGGCGGUGAAUUGUCGGAGGAAGUCUACACCUGCCUACCCUGCAGGGAAGGAUGUUCUUACUGUACAGAUGAUAGUCCCUGCUAUGCACAGGAGGACAAGUAUUUACGGCUGGCUAUCAUCUCAUUCCAAACACUCUGUAUGUUGCUGGACUUCAUAAGCAUGCUGGUAGUCUACCAUUUUCGUAAGGCAAAGAGUGUCAGGGCUUCAGGGCUGGUGCUGUUGGAAACCAUUCUUUUUGGAUCACUUCUUCUGUACUUUCCGGUUGUCAUUUUGUAUUUUGAGCCAAGUGUAUUUCGCUGUGUUCUCCUAAGAUGGGUUCGUCUUCUGGGCUUUGCUACUGUUUAUGGAACUGUGACGCUCAAGCUGCACAGGGUUUUGAAGGUAUUCCUGUCCCGAACUGCUCAGCGUAUUCCAUACAUGACAGGUGGGCGAGUGAUGAGGAUGCUGGCUGUUAUUCUCCUGAUAGUCUUUUGGUUUCUCGUUGGCUGGACUUCUGCAAUAACCCAAAAUUUGGAGAGAAACAUCCCACUCAUUGGCCAAGGGCAAACAUCUGACCACCUGAUCUUCAAUAUGUGCCUCAUAGACCGCUGGGAUUACAUGAUGGCUGUUGCUGAAUUUUUAUUCCUCUUGUGGGGUGUUUAUCUCUGCUACGCAGUGCGGACAGUCCCAUCAGCAUUUCAUGAGCCACGUUAUAUGGCUGUUGCAGUUCACAAUGAGCUCAUUAUCUCUGCUAUAUUCCAUACAAUUAGAUUCAUUCUUGCUUCAAGACUUCAGUCUGACUGGAUGCUGAUGCUGUUCUUUGCACACACACACUUGACUGUGACAGUCACUGUUGGGCUACUUCUGAUCCCUAAGUUUUCACAUUCAAGCAAUAACCCAAGAGAUGAUAUAGCUACAGAAGCUUAUGAAGAUGAGCUUGAUAUGGGUCGAUCUGGAUCCUAUCUGAACAGCAGUAUCAAUUCAGCAUGGAGUGAACAUAGUUUGGAUCCUGAAGAUAUUCGGGAUGAGCUGAAGAAACUAUAUGCCCAACUUGAAAUCUAUAAAAGGAAAAAGAUGAUUGCUAAUAACCCACAUCUCCAGAAAAAAAGGUGCUCUAAAAAGGGCUUGGGGCGCUCGAUAAUGCGACGUAUUACAGAAAUCCCCGAGACGGUCACCAGGCAGUGCUCCAGGGAUGAGAAGGACCUGAUAGAGCACAGUGCUGUGAAGAACAUGGCCACACUGAGGAAAAACCCACAGGAUUCCAUGAGUUCUGCAAAGCCAAAAGAAGAGACUUUGAAAAACAGAGUCUUUUCCUUAAAAAAGUCCCACAGCACUUAUGAUCAUGUUAGGGAUCAAACAGAAGAACCGAAUAGCUUAACUACAGAAAGCGCAGAAGUUAUAGCUGCUGAGAAUUCGCUUCUGGACUCCUUGAAUGGUAACAAAUUAACCAAAAACACUCCUGAAAAAGUUGAAGCUGUCUCCACUGAAUCAGUCCCUUUGGUGUGCAAAUCAGUAAGUGCACAUAACUUAAGUGCCGAUAAGAAGCCUCUGCAUCCAAGAACAUCCGUGUUACAAAAAUCCCUCAGUGUUAUUGCUAGUGCCAAGGAAAAGACUCUGGGACUAACGGGUAAAACACAAAGUCUAGAAGAAAGCACUAAAUCUCAUAAAUCUCAACAGAAGGGUAAGGAGGCCAGCAAAAAGCACUCAGCCUCCGAUAAAGGGGAGCAUAAGGAUUCCCACCAGAAGAACUCUACCCACUCUGAGGAAACAAAGAAAACCCAUAAAUCUGGAAUUAUGAAACAGCAAAGGGUUAGUCAAACACCUGCAAAUCCAGACACAGGCCCAGGUAAGUCUCUGCACAAGGACAAUUUCGACAUAGGAGAAGUUUGUCCUUGGGAGAUAUAUGACCAAACUCCUGGUCCUGUGCCUUCUGACUCUAAAGUUCAAAAACAUGUGUCUAUUGCUUCCUCAGAGCCAGAGAAAAACCACCCUUCCCAGCCAAAGGGGAAGACGCAUCAUAAGGUGAAGACACCUGAGGGGUAUCAACAGUCAAAUCAAAAGAGCUCAGAGAAGGUGGAGGCAGCCACUCGGGAGACACAAGAGCAACAGGUCUUUGAAAAUGAGAAAAAACAGUCAAAUUCCAAGUCUCAGGUCUCCCCUGGGCUGAAGUGUGAGAAUGUUAAUAGGUAUACACCUAAUACCUGUGCUGGGGAGCGGGAGGAGCUACCCCAGAAAGCAGCAGAAAAGGAAAACCUCAAUAAAUUGGCAGAACAGAAAAAAAAUGCCUCUUCCGAGGAAAAUGUGCUUUCAUCUGACUCCCGUAAGCCAAGUAGUUACUUACAGCAACCUUUAGCGUCUCGAGCUGAAGUCUGCCCUUGGGAGUAUGAUACACCAGAUUUACCAAAUGCAGAAAGAAGUGUAGCUUUAUCGAACACCUCUGCUAUAAGUGCAAAUAAAACAGCAACACCUCGAAAAUAAGAGGCUUUUGGACUGAGGAGAGUAGCAACAUUGAGAAGAAGGACAACAGGAAAGACAGAGGGGACUUAGGCCAAAAGGAUCUGAAAAUUCCUAAGGAGCAUCACUUAAAUCAAGGGAAUCAGCACUACAAAUAAGUAGGAGUUAAGUAAAUUAUCAUUAAUGUUGUUAUUAUUUAUUUGUUGAGUGCCAACAAUGUGAUUAGCAGUGCCCGGAAUAUGGUCCCUGCUCCAAGGAUUUUACUGUGUCAAUGAAAGAAACCUGCCUUUGUGAAAUCACUUCUCUUUUAAAAGAAAAAAAAAUAUGGCGGUAACAAACGCACAGUGUAGAUCUUAACCGAAUUAUUUCUGAAUGCCGCAACUGGCUUUAACUUGCCCUUGGGACUUUAAAGAUCCAGCAGAAGUAGGGCACAGAAAAUGUCCUGAUGGCAAAAAGGGGUAUCAAUGAGCAGCUUAUUAAAAUGACGACGUUUCACUUUAUGUAUUUAAUCUAGAUAGCACUGCUAACUCAAUGCAUCCCAAAAAUACAUUUUAUAUAAUGAUUGCUCUCAUUUUCUUAUUACUGUGUGUUUAAGUACAUUGUUGUGUCUCAUAUUAAAGCAUUCCAGAUUGUAUAAUUUUUGCAAAUAACUUUGAUAUUAUGUGACACAACAACACAUUUAUGCAAUCUGCAGAUACUUUCUUCUAAUUGCAAGUUAAAAUACCUGCUGUAGACUUUUUUGUUUAUAUAUAGAAUUGCAGUAAUCUUUCACUGGCUAUGGAAGCCGUAAUUCAUAUCGGGAAAUUCCUUUGGGCUUUGGAGAUUUUUUUUUUUUCCUUUCCUGUGAUUUAUAUAGUGAAUUUUUUUGUUUACUCUCUGUUAUUUAAAUUUAUAGUUUGAUACUGUAUUAUUCAGGGGUUUUAUACGCAGUAAGUUACUUGUUAUGCUCUUCCCUGUUAAUGCUCAUAGACUUUGUUAAUAGUGGAAAUUCAGUCGUCUUAGCUGCAUAUUCUGGUAAGUCUUAGGACAACUUAUCUGUUGUUUGUUACUAAUUGGAAAAUAUCAUCUAACAAACCAGAAUUCUUACUUUAAACAUCGACGGUGAUGAUCUUGUUCAGUAUUUCAUACUGAGCAUAUCCUGCUAAAUAAGACAAGCAAGAAUGACAACGAAUAUACCCCAGAAAUGAUCACCUGUUUUACUAAAACCAGACAACUCUGGGAAAUAUAUUAGCUAGCUCAUAUAGAACAACAGUGUACUGUUUAUCCCUGUUGGCAAACCUCAAAAAUUGGCCUCUGGAGUGAGGAGAGAAGUCCAAAAUAUUACUCUUCCCCCAUAUAUGCAAUUGUAAGAGAUAGUGGGAAUGGAAAUGAUGGCAUCUCUCUCCCACUCUCCAAAAUGCUUUGAUUUUUUUUUUUUAAUUUAU